GAUCAUUGAUCGGUGCUAAACUUUUUGACAGCCGCCUACGACCCAAGACGCGUCGAGUCUUACGCCGAGUGCCUCAACCUUGCCGGUGUUGGCUAACGCGUGACUAAGGCCGGCCCGGAACAACCAGUUAAUCCGGGCAGCAGCCUCCAUACUAUCCAGGAACUUUGCGACUCUGCCGCCGCGCGAACCUGCACCGCCGUUACUCGACCCCCCCGCAGUAUCCAUACGCGUUGCGCGCAAGCCAGUGGUACGUAGGUAAUCGCCGUCUGUCUCUUCGCCGGUGUCGCCACACCACGCGUUCUGUCGUUGCCUUUGCACCAUCUUCUUCGCGACUCAUUCACAGUGCUUUGCCGACAACACCCCUCGUAAUCGAGUCGCAGACACCAUAUCCCGCCAUGGCCAACACCAACGGCGACGCCGCGCCCGCCAGCUCCAUCGAGCUCGAUGUGAAGCCCCCGCCAAACAUGGUCAUUCCUCCCUCGAGCGUUCGCGCUGCCGUAGCCAAGACGGCCGACUUCAUUGCCCGCCGAGGCGAACAACAACUCAUGGCAAUGAAGCAGCGUCUUACCGCCGACUCGUCAUCGAAGAACAGUUUCGCCUUCGUCUUAGAAGACGACCCCUACAAUGCCUAUUUCCUGUGGUAUCUGCAGCAGCUCAAGGAGGGCCAUGGGCGCUCAUCCGACAGGAACGCUAAGCAAGCCGUCGACACCAAACCCAAAGGCCCGCCCGAGCCGCCCAAAUUCCGCUUCUCGGCGCGCAUGCCAAACAUCAACGCCAAAGAUCUCGAGGUGCUCAAACUCACUGCUUUGUACACUGCGCGUGUGGGUGAGAACUGGCUCAAGGACUUGCGCAACCGUGAGUUGGGCAAUUACCAGUUUGAUUUUCUCAGACCAAAUCACAGCUAUUUCCAGUUCUUCCGAUCGCUUGUCGAGCAAUACAAGAUCCUGCUCGAGGAGGAGGCGACAGUCGAGGCGCGUAUCCAGGAGCUGCAGCACAACAUCAAGAACCGUUUCCAUGUGCUGGACCGUGCAAAGAGCCGCGCUGAGUAUGUCAAGUACGUGACUGCGCAGAAGGAGAAGGAAGAGAAGAAGGUAGAAGCCGAGAAGCAAGAGUAUGCAACCAUCGACUGGCAUGACUUUAGUGUCAUUGCGACGGUGAUAUUUGACGAGGCCGAUGAUGCUGCAGAUCUUCCCCCACCUGCCCAGCUGAAUGAUCUACAGUCACAGUCUCUUGAACAGAAAGCCGCCGUUUCGCUAUCGACACGUCGUUUGGAAGAAGCCAUGCCUGACGACGUUGCCUACUACAAUGUCACUCAACAACAGGUUCCGCCGCCCCCGAUGCAGCCCAACUACCCUCCAACUGCACCGCCUGUACACUCGCCAUACGGCGCGUCGCCAUACGCACCUCCUCCCAUGGCCGAUUACCGAACACCGGCGCAGAUUUCGCGCGAGGAGGAGCAGGCUCGGCUGGCCAAGGAACGCCAGGCAGAGAGCGAGCAGCGCGCACGUGCUCAGGCUGCUGCCAGAGGAGCGCCUGGUCGCAUCGUCACAGACUACGUUCCCCGCGCUGCCGCAAAGAAGGCAAACGUACCAAUGGCCGUGUGCCCUAACUGCAAGCAGCAAAUCCCUUCUAAUCAGAUGGAGGAGCAUAUUCGAAUUGAAUUGCUUGAUCCGCGCUGGAAAGAACAACGCGACAAAGCCGAAGCUCGAUACUCUACCACGAUCAACACCGCUGAUGUUGCAAAUAACCUCAAGCGUUUUGCUAGCCAGCGGGAGGACAUAUAUGACGGCGCCACUGGGCAGCCUAUAUCUGCAGAAGAAGAGGCUCGGAGGAAGAAGGCUGCCAUGUCGUAUGACGGACAGCCAGACCCCGCAAAGGAUGCUGCCCGCCUCUCGCAGAUGCAGAGCAUGAACGUGCAGGAACAGCUCCGAAGGAUACAGGAAAAGCAUCGCCAGUAAAGUACAUGCAUGUGUAGGUCUGCCCUUUCUUUUCUAGAUACCACUGCUAUUGUAAAAAUUCAGUCAUGUGCAUUGGAUGGCGUUUGGUAGGUACUGGCACAUGCGUGCAGCCUGUUUGGGUGCCGAGAGAGAUUGCAAAGGGCUUUUGUGUAAAACAGCGUUGGCCUGAUAGCCUGAAUAAAAGCACUGCAGCUGUGAC